GUUAGCCGAAGAAGUGCAUCCCAACAUCCGCAGGGUUCAUAUUAACGGUCCGUAAUUCGCAAAAUUGCCAUGACUGUGACAAGUCUCAAAAUCUAGAACAUGGGGGUGCUACCCUUUCACAGGCUUCAACUGAAUAUAUAUCGGGUGGAAGUACACACUCCCGCGACAGCUGAUCUGUAGCUCGACUAUUCCCAGUUUUCCUUCCCCAUUGUCUUCUCGGUUAUAGUCAGCUCUGCUACUCCAACUCACACCCUGUAUCUACUGCUGCAGAAGAACACUCUAACGGGCGUUGAGCCUCCGGCUGAGACAAAAAUUCAUCCCCUCACACAACAAUGAUUUCAGGGAACUGACAGCUGCAGCCUCGAGGGCACCGCUCAGAAAAAACAAGAAAUUACCCCCAUUGGCGUGUGACCAAAACACAAUUUUACCAAGCCCUUGAUGAGGCGCAAUAUGAAUCUCAGAGGCUCGAACAGGGAUUGUGGCCAGACUCGUGCAGGGUCGAUGUGGGUUCUGCCGCAGACACUUCAAGAACUCUGCAACCUACGACGGCUUUGUCAACUGCAACUCAACGCCCUGGCCCGAGCUAGGCGAGUGGUCGCCACUGAGCGGAAUAGACCUGCCACAGAGCCGAUGGGAAACCUGGAGACACACGAAUGUGACCGGUGUGGAACAAAGGCAUCAGUGUUCCUUGCUUUGUGUUUUCACCGCUUAUGUCGGGGUUGCGCUGGAGCUGGAGUGCCAGGCACUUGGGUUGAUAUGUUCCGAAACUGCCAAGUCUGCUUUCUUGAAAGCUUCCAUCAGCCCCGAAGAACAUGAAUGUAUUGGCUAUUGAUGUUCAGGCAGCUGCGGUGAUCGAUCGUGACUUUGUCUUUCGGAAAGCAAUGUUUACGAGCCUGAAGAUGACUAAGAAGCGACAUAAAUAUAAUAGUAUGAAUGACGUGAAUUAAGGUACUAUGACAGCCAGUAGGAA